AUGAAAUUCUCACAUUCCCUUAAAUUUAACGCUGUUCCAGAAUGGCAAGAUAGUUAUUUGAACUAUCCAACUUUAAAAAAGACUGUCUAUAAAUUACAACAAGAUCAACAAAUAAAUGCUGGUACUACUGAACAAGGCUAUAUAGUAGACGUAAAUCAAGCUACUGUUUCUGAAUUAGUAGAUAACUUCAAAUCUAAAAAGAUAAAUGAAAGGAUAGCUACUGUUGAAAAGUCUGCUACCUCUGCUGGUGUUGCUGAUAAUAAAAAUAUGAAGAAUAGACUAUUGGGUAAGCACUUAUUCAGACUUAAGAAAGCAAAUAAUUCUGAUGCUGAUUUGGAAAUUACUGCUACUGACAUGGAAAAGAAUAGUUCAAGUGAAACUUGCACUGAAAAGCAUUCUGACAAGUCUGCUUCUGAUGUUAAAGUCUAUACCGGUGACGUUACCGAUUCUGAUACUGCUUCAUUAAAGAUUACUCCUUCGGUUGUGAUAACGGAUAUUACUGGAAGUGCUAAUGAUGAUUCUUUCUCUGAUCCAAAAUCUUUAACUUUUGAUCCAUUGAAAGUAUUCACCAAACAAUUAUUAACUGAAUUAAAUAAAAUCAAUAACUUUUAUCAAACUAAAGAAGAAGAAAUCUUCCUUGCUUAUGACAAUUUGGUUAAGGAUUUAGAAACUAAUAACGUUGACAUUGAUGAUGUUUUCAGAUUUACUCAAGCUUAUAAUGUUGAUCAAAACUUUUUAAACACCGAUAGUCAUCACCAAUAUCACUUGAAAUCUACCUUAUCUAGAACUGUUACAAAUGCUAGUGUUUUCGAUCAUAUCAAUCACAUGGGUAAUGAUUACGAUACUGCUGUUGACAUAGAAAAGCAAGGUCAUCAUGUUGAAGAAAUGGAAGAUUCUGAUGAUGACGACGAAGAUGACUAUGAACACACCAAAGAAAAGGAUUCUGUAUUGUUAGGUCAUGCUGAUUUCAAUGUUAAACAACAAAUGAAGAUUACUUUAAAGAGAAAGGCUGUUACUUUAUACAUCAACUUAUCUGAAUUGAAAUCUUUCAUUGAAUUAAAUAGAGUUGGUUUCACUAAGAUCUGUAAGAAGUUUGACAAGACUUGUAACUAUUCCAUCAAGUCUGAUUUCAUUGAAAACUUCUUACCAAACAAUUCUAGAGUUUUCUUGAAUGAAACUAUUGAAAACUUGGAUUACAAAUUAAACCAAAUUGUCAAGAUUUAUGCAUUCUUAACUUCAAGAUUACAUGUUAAGACUACCAAGGAAGAUUUAGAAAAUGUUAAAGUUGAUUUAAGAUCCCAUUUAAGAGAUCAUAUUGUCUUUGAAAGAAACACUGUCUGGAAGGAUUUGUUAUCCAUUGAAAAAGGUUCUUAUAAUGUUGAUGAAGAUCAUACUAAGAAACUUGGAGAUGAAGUUACAAACUCAAUGAUGUACAUGAAUAUUCAAGAAUAUAAAUUACCAUUCAACAUCUCCAUCUUUGGUCAUGAUCACGUUAAACUCCCAGCAUUCUUAUUAACAGCUCAAGUUGUUAAAAUAUUACUCGCAAUUAUUGUUUUUGCUGUUUUGGUAUCCGUCAAGACUUUCAAUGAUCCAGUUCAAGGUCGUUGUUUGGCUUUAUUAGUUGCUUGUGCCAUGUUAUGGGCCAGUGAAGCUCUUCCAUUGUAUGCUACCAGUAUGUUAGUCCCAUUAUUAGUUGUUACCUGUGCUGUCAUUAAGGAAACUGGUUCCAAUGAACCAAUGGCUGCUCCCGAUGCUGCUGCUUAUAUCUUAAGUACUAUGUGGAAUUCAACUAUUAUGAUUUUGAUUGGUGGUUUCACUUUAGCUGCUGCAUUAUCCAAAUAUAAUGUUGCUAAAGUUUUAUCAUCUUAUAUUUUAGCUCUCGCUGGUACGAAACCACGUAAUGUGUUAUUGGCCAUUAUGUCGGUUUCCUUGUUUUUAGCUAUGUGGAUUUCUAAUGUUGCUGCCCCUAUCUUGUGUUAUUCCUUGAUUCAGCCAGUUUUAAGAACCUUACCUACGGAGUCUCCAGUCGCUCAAGUUUUGGUUUUAGGUAUUGCCUUAGCUUCUAAUGUUGCAGGUAUGGCUUCUCCAAUUGCUUCUCCUCAAAAUGUUAUUGCUUUACAAUAUAUGAAUCCAAAUCCAGGUUGGGGAAAAUGGUUUGCAGUUGCUCUUCCCGUUGCCAUCAUUGCUAUGCUUUUGAUUUGGGUUGAAUUGAUCUUAACUUUUAAGAUUAACAAUGUUGUUUUAAAAAAAUAUAAACCAAUCAAAGAAAAGUUUACUGUUAAACAAUAUUUCAUUCUUGUUGUUACUUUCGUUACUAUUUUAUUAUGGUGUGUCAUGACUAAGAUUGAAGGUACUUUUGGUCAAGCCGGUAUCAUUACCAUCAUUCCAAUUGUUUUAUUCUUUGGUACUGGUUUAUUAAAAGUUGAUGACUUGAACAAUUAUCCAUGGUCUAUUGUAUUGUUAGCUAUGGGUGGUAUUGCAUUAGGUAACGCCGUUACUUCGUCUGGUCUUUUAGCUACCAUUGCUAUGGCUCUUCAAAAGAGAAUUAUGGACUAUAAUGUCUUUGUCAUUUUGCUUAUCUUUGGUAUUUUGAUUCUUGUUGUUGCUACAUUUGUUUCUCACACUGUUGCUGCAUUAAUUAUUAUUCCAUUAGUUAAGGAAGUUGGUGAAUCAUUACCUACUCCUCAUCCAUUGAUUCUUAUCAUGGCUUCUGCUUUGAUCGCUUCCGGUGCUAUGGGUUUACCAACUUCUGGUUUCCCUAAUGUUACUGCUAUUAGUAUGAGAGAUGAAGUAGGAAAACACUACUUGACUGUCAAUACAUUUAUUACUAGAGGAGUUCCAGCUUCUGUUAUUGCAUACAUUGUUGUUAUUACUGUUGGUUACGGUAUUAUGUACUCUUUGAAGUAUUAG